AUGGGACAGACGAGUGAGAAGGAAAGCUCAUCCGCUAGAUAUUCGGUAUCAACUCCAGAGUACCCGCUAGCAACUGUGCCCGUUCCUUUCCAGUAUAAGAUAGAAAAGUCUCUGUCGAGAGAUGAAGCAGCCUCAUUUCUACUGAGUUCAUUAAGCCAAGAUCAUGUACCCACUCUCAAAAGGAGACAAAGUUCAGAAGAGCCAGAUAUGUGUGAGAUUGGACCUCAUAAGAGAAGUAAAACGGACGCUGAAGACUUGGCGCCUCAUUCGGGUUUUGAUUCGUUGCAGUAUAUAAAAAAUUCAUCACCGUCAACAAUAUCUGGUACUACCGUGACUAAUACAGUCGGUGCAGGUAGUUGUGGGGAGGCGGCAUCGAGUAGUGUUGUGAAGCAAGAUGGUGAUGAAUUAGAUGGUGAUGAAUUAGAUGCUGUUGUGGCUGAAGUGUCGGAGAAAGAAAUGGAAUCGGAACUACAUGCUGGGCAACAUUCUAUUGAUGAGGAUACCACCGCAACUGCACCGCCUGCGUUAAACACAGCGAUAGCACCUCAAGUUCCCGAAGAGGCUCUACCUAUUUCGCCUUUGGCUUCUCCCGGAUACACACCUCCGUUUACAGGUUUGGUCGCCAACAACCAGAAUAAUGCCGCAGCUGCAUUGGUAGUUGGUUCAAGUAAUGUGAUAGGUGGUAAUUGUGCAGCGUUGACGUUACAUGAAACGAUCAAAAAUGUUGCAACAAAUGCAUUUCUUCAGCUUCCCCACUCAGCUUUUAAGAAUUUAGUGUUUCAACUUGUCUCAAAGUUGAACCGCAGUGAGCUUUCCGAUCUUUCUACAUUACUAAAGGAUCAUCUAAAACGUGAUUUCUUGCAAUCUUUACCAAUGGAGGUAUCUAUGAAUAUCUUGAAUAAUUUGGCAUUUGAAGACAUCUGCUCUUGUCUUCUGGUCAACAGCACAUGGAAUAAUUUAAUUAAAAACAGCCCGUAUUUAUGGAAACAAAUGAUGUUAAAUGAAGGUUUUGUUACCGAAGAUAGAAUUGAUUGGUACUGUGAUCAUGUACCUGAGAAAUAUCGUCAUUUGUCUAACCCUGAGGAUAGAUUCCGUUUAGACUUUUUGGAAAAUAGAUGGAUUUUAGAAAAUUGGUAUAACCCGUGUUAUAGGCCUGGGAGGACCUGCCUAGACGGCCAUAUUACGAACGUCGUAACCUGCCUUCAAUUUGAAGGAAACUAUAUUAUAACUGGUGCCGAUGAUAAAAGGAUCAAUGUCUACGAUGCUGAUAGAGAACAGUUUAAAUUAGAAUUAGUUGGGCAUGAAGGUGGAGUUUGGGCUCUGAAGUAUGUGGGCAAUGAAAUUCUUGUUAGCGGAUCCACAGAUCGGACUGUUAGGAUUUGGAACGUAAAGGCUGGUAAGUGUACACACGUUUUCAAAGGACAUACUUCAACAGUGAGAUGCCUAGACGUUGUGGAAUAUGAAGGUGUGAAAUAUAUUGUCACAGGGUCGCGGGACAACACUUUGCAUGUUUGGAAGCUACCAGACCCAGCUGCAUCAGACUAUAAUCCAAAUGCAAUGAGGCAGUUUAUUAGUACAGAUGAUAAUCCUUUUUUUGUGGGCGUUUUAAGAGGACAUAUGGCUUCCGUCCGUACAGUCUCAGGGCACGGUAACAUUGUGGUUAGCGGGUCUUAUGACAACAACCUAAUGGUCUGGGACAUUGCAAAAAUGAAGCUUCUUUACGUAUUAACGGGUCACACUAAUAAAAUAUAUUCAACCUUGUAUGAUCAUAAGAGGAAGCGUUGCAUAUCAGCUAGUAUGGAUACAACAAUUAAGGUCUGGGACCUUGCUGAUAUCAACAACAAUGGACCUGUUUCACAGGUCAACUCAACGAAUGCGGUAAAGGUAUCAGGUUCAGUGCGUACUUUAUGUGAACACACAGCACUUGUUGGUCUUUUGGCACUAUCGGAUAAGUACCUAGUAAGUGCCGCUGCCGAUGGCUCAUUGCGUGUAUGGGAUUCCUCCUGUUACACCAAACAAUUUGCAUUCGAUCAUACCAACAUGAGCCCGAUAACUACUUUUUACAUGUCAGAUAACAUCUUAGUUAGCGGCUCGGAGCACCAAUUCAACAUCUAUGAUUUGAGGACUGGGAGAUUGGUUCAUAGGCACUUGUUGAAUGAUGCCGAUCAAAUUUGGGGUGUUAAGUUCAAUAAUAGAAAAUUGGUUGCUGCCGUGGAGUCAGAGGGCCAUAGUUAUGUAGAAAUACUAGAUUUUGGAUCAAGGAAUAAGCCAGUUAAGCAUACAUCCAUGAGAUCUCCCCCGUCCACAUCAAAUAGCUAUUGGAACCAAACAGGUGAUCCAACAGCAACUAGCUAG